CUCCAGGUUAUAAUGCAUGACCAACACAGAAAAAGCUUGACUCUAUAGCCAACGGGAUCCCGAGGACUUGAUUUACAGUCGCUUCAAGCCUGAUAGUUUGCAUCGGUGCGGCUGCCCCCCUACCCCCGGCUCACACCCCUUUGGUCGACUGGCAUUACUUCUGACAGCCCCCUUCCUCCUCCACUGGUAAAGAAGACUUGGUUUCCCUUGUGGUUCUCUGUCUACUUUGCCUGUCUUCACUUCCGUCGGUUCUCUACUGACACCAGUAGCACUCCCUGGAGUUACGUCAUUCUGUAUUAGGUAAGACCAUUAUUAUUAAAGCAAGGGGCAGAUUACACACACAAUGCACAUGUGCCUAAUUCAAAUCCUCAAUGUGAUCAUGAAUUAAUCAAGCAAGCUUUUAUGAACGAUGCCAGCAUCAUGCCACUCUACUUUGUGUGUGUGUGUGGGACUGAUGGUUGAAGAGUGUAGUCAUAUGGGGAUAGAAAUGUAGAUGUUACUUUGUCUGUGAUACUCUUCUUUUUUUUUUCAUGUUCCCCCUUCUCUCUCCCCUCCAUCCCUCACUGGUCAGGCUCUGCCCCCAACAUUAAAUAGUGAAGAUGAUUCCCAACGGUUAUCUGAUCUUUGAAGAUGAGAGUUUCCUGGAUUCCACUGUGGCCAAGAUGAACGCCCUGAGAAAGAGCGGACAGUUCUGUGAUGUGAGACUGCAGGUACAUGGAGCUCUCUCUUUUUCUCUCUCUCUUUCGCUCUCUCUCUUCUCCCUCUCUCCACCCCUCCCGCUCUCUCUCUUCUCCCUCUCUCCACCCCUCCCGCUCUCUUUCUUCUCCCUCUCUCCACCCCUCCUCCAUCCCUUCCUCUCUCCCUCCCUCCCUCUCUCCACCUCUCCCUCCCUCUCUCUCCACCCCUCCCUCCCUCUCUCUCCACCUCUCCCUCCCUCUCUCUCCACCUCUCCCUCCCUCUCUCUACCCCUCUCUCUCUCUACCCACCCUCUAUCUCUCUACCCCUCUCUCUCCACCCCUUUCUCACUCCUGUCUUUUGAGAAAUGACACCAGUCCCACCAUUAUGGGGAAGAGUCUUGAGUCACUGCAAUCAGAGCACCUGUGACACGUGAGACUGAGGGAGUGGGAGGAUAAGACGUAAAGAGCCAGAGGUGUUUUUCUAGAUUUCAGGUUUGGCAGACACACAUGUCAUUAGACAUUAGGCAGAGGUUUCACUUGUUUUCCUUCUCUAAAGGUCAUGCAACAAUUUCAAAGAUUUUACUGAGUUAUUGUUCAUAUAAGGAAAUCAGUUGAUUGAAAUACAUUCAUUAGGCCCUAAUCUAUGUAUUUCACAUGACUGGGAACAGUGGCGGCUCCUGAAAAAAUUCUCAGGGGGGGGCAGUUUUUCUGAUGAUUUAGGUGACCUACACACAUUUAAAAAAAGAUAUGUCCAGCAACAACAUGAAGACAGGGGCAGCAAAUAAGUCAAUACUGAUAUACACAUUACUUGCUUCAAAAAGGCCUUAUGGUUGAAUUGGAAAUAUGUGCACCUGAGCAUAAUUCACAACAAGCAAGCAGGAGCUUUUGAUAGAGGCUACUGAAAACAUUGAUGCAAGUUAUUGGUAAUAAGAAAUUUUUAUAGACUUCCAUAUUCUGCCCUCUUGUAUAGAUUUGUGAAAAUGAACAGUGAUAGACAUUUUGCCUGAAAACAACAGAAUUUGAAAAUAAUUUCUAGAAAAGGUAAACACAGCUAUCUGUAUGGCUUUGUAAAAAUGAACAACCAUAUUCUGGCCAAUUGUAUAGAUUUGUAAAUAUGAACAACCAUAUUCUGGCCAAUUGUAUAGAUUUGUAAAAAUGAACAUGAACAGACUUGGUGAAACAUUUACUUAAAAAAAAAUGAAAAAUAACUAUUUUAAACAACAUCAACUGUGAACUGAUUUGGGCGUGUGUGUGUUAAAGAGACAGACAGGGAGGGACAAAGAGAGAGAGAGGCUACAUUACUUGUACUGAAACUGUUCUAGCUUGCUGCAUGAUCAAAUUCAGCUGAUGCGCAUAGCAAUGCACGUAAUGGGCAUUCUUGAAAUGCUCACGCACCUUUUGCUGCACACCAGCCUUCUCUCACCUCAUCACACUGGCUCCAUCGUAAGCUUGCGCAAUGAGUUUGACUUUCUCGUCGUCGGCAAAAAGACCGUUCAGUCUCUCCAAAAGCACACUGGCGAUUGAGACUGAGGUUGAUUCCGAGAUGGGAAGGAACUCAAAAAAGCGCUCCUGCACUUUGUGGUUGCUAUCUAUGUACCUCAGCACAAGCACCAGCUGUGUCUGUGUAGAAACGUCCGUGGUCUCGUCAGCUUGGAUAGCUACGAAGUUCGCCGACUUCACCUCCUCCACAAUAUGUUCCCUCAUGACCGCUAGCAUACACUCCAGUAGCUCGUUUUGAAUGGUCUUUGAUGUGCCCUUGAAAACUUUAGCAUUUUUAAGAUGGUCAUCAAACACCUCAUCUAAUUGUGCCACAAAUUUGACAAGUCCAAGAAAAAUACCAGGGUUGGUGGAGCCCUCAGUUUCAUCUUUGCCUCGCAAAGCUAGCCAUCUUGACAGUUGUACGUGAAUUGAUUGACGCUGCUACCCGCUCUUUUCUUAGUUAUGUUCAUGGUUACUUAUGUUACGUAUGACGAAAGCGCGUAAGUGCAAGCCCUCCCGGAACCCAUAGAGAUUGUAUUGAAAGCUCUGAUAUUUGAAGAAAAAAAAUAUUUUACAUGAUAGUCUAUGAGAGACUCCUGGGCGAUUUUCAACCUGACUGAAAUCGCCCCAAAAGGGGCGGGGCCAUUUGAAGCACGACUUUAGCCUGAUUGGACAUUUAGUGGCAGAUCAGACGUCUAGAUUAGAACACUGAAAACUACUGUUGCCGUGAUAUAAUUGAUUAGGAAAAAAAAAUCCCUUCCUUUUCCCGUUUGGCAGUGCGUCGCCCAUAUCGCCCUAAUGAACACACCGCCCCUGACUGGGAAUACAGAUAUGCAUCUGUUUGUCACCGAUACCGUAAAAAAAAAAAGGUAUGGGCAUGGAUCAGGUAACCAGUCAGUAUCUGGUCUGACCACCAUUUGCCUCAUGCAGCGCGAUACAUCUUCGCAUAGAGUUGAUCAGGCUGUUGAUUGUGGAAUGUUGUCCUACUCUUCUUCAAUGGCUGUGCGGAGUUGCUGGAUAUUUGGUGGGAACUGGAACACGCUGUCAUACACGUCGAUCCAGAGCAUUCCAAACAUGCUCAAUGGGUGUCAUGUCUGGUGAGUAUGCAGGCCAUGAAAGAACUGGGACAUUUUCAGCUUCCAGGAAUUUUGUACAGAUUCUUGCGACAUGAUUCUUGUGAUUAAUGCCGUGCAUUAUCAUGCUGAAACAUGAGAUGAUGGCGGCGGAUGAAUGGCACGACAAUGGGCCUCAGGAUCUCAUCACGGUAUCUCUGUGCAUUCAAAUUGCCAUCGAUAAAAUGCAAUUGUUUGUUGUCCAUAGCUUAUGCCUGCUCGUACCAUAACCCCACCGCCAACAUGGGACACUGUUCACAAUGUUGACAUCAGCAAACCGCUCACCCACACGACGCCGAACACUCUGUCUGCCGUCUGCCCGGUACAGUUGAAACCGGGAUUCAUCCGUGAAGAGCACACUUCUCCAGCGUGCCAGUAGCCAUCGAAGGUGAGCGUUUGCCCACUGAAGUGGGUUACGAAGUCGAACUGCAGUCAGGUCAAGACCCUGGUGAGGACGACGAGCACGCAGAUGAGCUUCCCUGAGACUGUUUCUGACUGUUUGUGCAGAAAUUAUUCCGUUGUGCAAGCCCACCCACAGUUUCAUCAGCUGUCUGGGUGGCUGGUCUCAGACGAUCGUGCAGGUGAAGAAGCCGGAUGUGGAGGUCCUGGGCUGGCGUGGGUGCACGUGGUCUGCGGUUGUGAGGACGGUUGAACGUACUGCCAAAUUCUCUAACAUGACGGAGGCUGCUUAUGGUAAAGACAUUAAUAUUCAAUUAAAUCAAAUCUAAUUUUAUUUGUCACAUGCGCCGAAUACAACAGGUGUAGACCUUACAGUGAAACGCUUACUUACAAGCCCUUAACCAACAAUGCAGUUUUAAGAAAGACUACCAUAAAUCACAAAAAAAUACAAUAUAAAAUAAUACCAAAUAAAAGUAACAAAUAAUUAAAGAGCAGCAGUAAAAAUAAUAAUAGUGAGGCUAUAUACAGGGGGUACCGGUACCGAGUCAAUGUGCGGGGGCACCGGUUAGUCGAGGUAAUAUGGCUUUCUCGUCGUUGUCGGUGAUCAGGCUUACCACUGUUGUGUCAUCGGCAAUCUUAAUGAUGGUGUUUGAGUCGUGCCUGGCCAUGCAGACAUGAGUGAACAGGGAGUACAGGAGGGGACUGAGCAUGCACCACUGAGGGGCCCCAGUGUUGAGGAUCAGCAUGGCAGAUGUGUUGUUACCUACCCUUACCAACUGGGGGCGGCCAGUCAGAGUCCAGGAUCCAGUUGCAGAGGGAGGUGUUUAGUCCCAGGGUCCUUAACUUAGUGAUGAGCUUGGAGGGCACUAUGGUGUUGAACGCUGAGCUGUAGUCAAUGAAUAGCAUUCUCACAUAGGUGUCCCUUUUGUCCAGGUGUGAAAGGGCAGUGUGGAGCGCAAUAAAGAUUGCAUCAUCUGUUGGGGCGGUAUGCAAAUUGGAGUGGAUCUAGGGUUUCUGGGAUAAUGGUGUUGAUGUCAGCAAUGGCCAGCCUUUCAAAGCACUUCAUGGCUACAGAUGUGAGUGCUACGGGUCGGUAGUCAUUUAGGCAGGUUACCUUAGUGUUCUUGGGCACAUGGACUAUAGUGGUCUGCUUGAAACAUGUUGGUAUUACAGACAGGGAGAGGUUGAAAAUGUCAGUGAAGACACUUGACAGUUGGUCAGCACAUGCUCGGAGUACACGUCCUAGUAAUCCGUCUGGCCCUGCGGCCUUGUGAAUGUUGACCUGUUUAAAGGUCUUACUCACAUCGGCUACGGAGAGCAUGAUCACACAGUCGUCCGGAACAGCUGAUGCUCUCAUGCAUGUUUCAGUGUUACUUGCCUCGACGCGAGCAUAGAAGUAAUUUAGCUCGUCUGGUAGGCUUGUGUCACUGGGCAGCUCGCGACUGCUUCCCUUUGUAGUCUGUAAUAGUUUGCAAGCCCUGCCACAUCCGACGAGCGUCGGAGCCGGUGUAGUACGAUUCGAUCUUAGUCCUGUAUUGACGCUUUGACUGUUUGAUGGUUCGUCGGAGGGCAUUGCAGGAUUUCUUAUAAGCUUCCGGGUUAGAGUCACGCACCUUGAAAGCGGCAGCUCUACCCUUUAGCUCAGUGCGGAUGUUGCCUGUAAUCCAUGGCUUCUGGUUGGGGUAUGUACGUACAGUCACUGUGGGGACGACGUCAUCGAUGCACUUAUUGAUGAAGCCAGUGACUGAUGUGAUGUACUCCUCAAUGCCAUCGGAAGAAUCCCAGAACAUAUUCCAGUAUGUGCUAGCAAAACCAUCCUUUAGCUUAGCAUCUGCUUCAUCUGACCAGUUUUUUAUUGACCGAGUUACUGGUGCUUCCUGCUUUAGUUUUUGCUUGUAAGCUGGAAUCAGGAGAAUAUAAUUAUGGUCAGAUUUGCCAAAUGGAGGGCGAGGGAGAGCUUUGUACGUGUCUCUGUGUGUGGAGUAAAGGUGGUCUAGAGUUGUUGUUUUUGUUUUUUCUCUGGUUGCACAUGUAACAUGCUGGUAGAAAUGAGGUUGAACGGAUUUAAGUUUCCCUGCAUUAAAGUCCCCGGCCACGAGGAGUGCCGCCUCUGGAUGAGGGUUUUCCUGUUUGCUUAUGACCGUAUAAUAAUAAUAAUAAUAAUAAUAUGCCAUUUAGCAGACGCUUUUAUCCAAAGCGACUUACAGUCGUGCGUGCAUACAUUUUUGUGUAUGGGUGGUCCCGGGGAUCGAACCCACUACCUUGGCGUUACAAGCGCCGUGCUCUACCAGCUGAGCUACAGAGGACCACGGUUCAUUGAGUGCGGUCUUAGUGCCAGCAUCGGUUUGUGGUGGUAAAUAGACAGCUACGAAGAAUAUAGAUGAAAACUCUCUUGGUAGAUAAUGUGGUCUACAGCUAAUCAUGAGAUACUGUACCUCAGGAGAGCAAAACCUCGAGACUCCUUAGAUAUCGUGCACCUGCUUUUGUUUACAAAUAUACAUAGACCGCCACCCCUUGUCUGACCAGAGGCUGCUGUUCUAUCCUGCCGAUAGUGUAUAACCCGCCAGCUGUAUGUUAUUCAUGUCUUUGUUCAGCCACGACUUGGUGAAACAUAAGAUAUUACAGUUUUUAAUGUCCUGUUGGUAGGAUAUUCGUGCCUGUAGUUCGUCCACUUUAUUAUCAAGCGAUUGUAAGUUGGCCAAUAGUAUCGAUGCCAAAGGCAGAUUAGCCACUCGUCGCCAGCUCCUUACCAAGCACCCCGAUCUCCUUCCGUGAUAUCUCCUUUUCUUUCUACUUCGAAUGAUGGGAAUGAGGGCCCUGUCGGGUGUCUGGAGCGAAUCCCUCUCGUCCGACUCAUUAAAGAAAAAUGAUUAGUCCAGUUCAAGGUGAGUAAUCGCUGUUCUGAUGUCCAGAAGCUAUUUUCGGUCAUAAGAGACGGUAGCAGCAACAUUAUGUACAAAAUAAGUUACAAACAAUACGAAAAAACACAUAAAAUAGCACGGUUGGUUAAGAGUCCAUAAAACAGCAGCCAUCCCCUCCGGCGCCAUUUCUAAAAGGCGCCUCAGUCAGUCAGUCAAUCGAUCAAUAAUAUAAUCAUACUCUUAGCAAAAAUUGUUAUCUUUAAUUUACAAUCUGUAAACUGAGAAUAGAAAGGUUCAGAACUUUUGUGAAACAGCGCAGUUGAAAAAUGUAUGGCAAAUAGAAAUCAAAACUGGAUGGUGUUCAGAGAUGGAUGGAAGGGGUUGAGUGGAGCUGAAGGGUGGGACUAAAAAUACAAGAUAACUCAUGUAAAAUAUAUUGUGUCCGUAAAAUGUACAUAGUAUGUAUAAGCUAGAAGUAGAAGCCUAAGUGUUGUCCAUUAGUUUACUCCAAUUAGGGGAGGGGUGUUAGGGUAUAGGGGAAAAUAACAAAGGAAAAUAUAUUAAAUGUUUUAUACAAACAUACAUACAUACAUGCAUACAUGCAUGCAUACAGUGCAUUCGGAAACUAUUCAGACCCCUUGACUUUUUCCACAUUUUGUUACGUUACAGCCUUAUUCUAAAAUUGAUUAAAUAAAUGUUUUUCCUCAGCAAUCUACACACAAUACCCCAUAAUGACAAAGCGAAAACAGGUUUUUAGAAUUUUUUGCAAAUUUAUUAAAAAUAAAAAUACCUUAUUUACAUAAGUAUUCAGACCUUUUGCUAUGAGACAGGAUUGUGUCGAGGCACAGAUCUGGGUAAGGUUACUCAAAAAGUUCUGCAGCGUUGAAGGUCCCGAAGAACACAGUGGCCUCCAUCAUUCUUAAAAGGAAGAAGUUUGGAACCUACAAGACUCUUCCUAGAGCUGGCCGUCCGGUCAAACUGAGCAAUCAAGGGAGAAGGGCCUCAGUCAGGGAGGUGACCAAGAACCUGAUGGUCACUCUGACAGAGCUCCAGAGUUCCUCUGUGGCGAUGGAAGAACCUUCCAGAAGGACAUCCAUCUCUGCAACACUCCACCAAUCAGAACUUUAUGGUAGAGUGGCCAGACAUAAGCCACUUCUCAGUAAAAGGCACAUGACGACUCGCUUGGAGUUUGCCAAAAGGCACCUAAAGACUCUCAGACCAUGAGAAAGAAGAUUCUCUGGUCUGAUGAAACCAAGAUUGAACUCUUUGGCCUGAAUGCCAAGCGUCACGUCUGGAGGAAACCUGGCACCAUCCCUAAGGUGAAGCAUGUUGGUGACAGCAUCAUGCUGUGGGGAUGUUUUUCAGCUGCAGGGACUGGGUGACUAGUCAGGAUCGAGGCAAAGUACAGAGAUCCUUGAUGAAAACAUGCUCCAGAGCGCUCAGGACCUCAGACUGGGGCUAAGGUUCAACUUCCAACAGGACAACGACCCUAAACGCAUAAUCAUUUGCAACAUUCAAGCUGGGGAAAAAAUCUUUUAAAAUAACAUUCUCUGGCAACAGCUCUGGUGGACAUUCCUGCAGUCAGCAUGCCAAUUGCAAGCUCCCUGAACCUGAGACAUCUGUUGCAUUGUGUUGUGUGAGAACUGCACAUUUUAGUGGCCUUUUAUUGUCCCCAGCAGAAGGUGCACCUGUGUAAUGAUCAUGCUGUUUAAUCAGCUUCUUGAUUUGCGACAUGUCAGUUGGAUGGGUUAUCUUGGCAAAGGAGAAAUGCUAACUAACAGGAAUGUAAACAACAUUUGAGAGAAGUAAGCUUUUUGUGCAUAUGGAACAUUUCUGGGAUCUUUUAUUUCGGCUCAUGAAACAUGGGACCAACGCUUCUCAUGUUGUGUUUGCAUUUUUGUUCAGUAUAAAUGAUAGCACCUCUGAAGAAGGAUCUCUAUAGUUUGAGCCCUGACCUCUGAUCUGUGUCCUCUGUAGGUGUGUGGUCAUGAGUUGAUGGCUCACCGUGCCGUGCUGGCCUGCUGUAGCCCCUACCUGUUUGAGAUCUUCAACAGUGCGAUCGAACCUCACGGUGUGUCCCACGUCACCUUCGAAGACCUUGACCCAGACGCUGUGGAGAUCCUGCUUAACUACGCCUACACUGCCCAGUAAGUGCCAUGACCUCUAACCUCUACCCUUUGACCCCUACACUAUGCCUACACUGCCCAGUGAGUAUACAUCUUCAAAUACAUGCAAUGAGCUUUGUUAAAGUGACGUUCUGCAACUUUGGCCACUACAUAACUAUUUUUUUUUAUCCUCCUGCUUUGGGCUGGAUGUGUCAAUGUGUACUACAUACAUGCAUAUGAGCAGAAUUUGUGUCCUAACUCAAAUAGCCACGAAAUCCCUAGUUUGAAAGAGACUGUUUUCUGGAAGUUAAUUGGCGCUGUUUUGAGUGCAGCAAGCUUGGCCCAUGUGGGCCACCCCCCUAGCAAUUCGAGUUCCAGCCAAUGAGCAUCAGCCCCUCGCCAUUUGAGUGACAACUAGCAAGAUGCACAUUGAAAGAAGGCUGGCCCAGGCCUCACGAUACGAUAUUAGCCGAUACGAUAUUUACAUUUUAGUCAUUUAGCAGAAGCUCUUAUCCAGAGCGACUUACAGUUAGAGUGCAUACAUUUUCAUACUGAUAUGUAUUGCGAUUCUCACGAUUCUAUAUAUAUAUUGCGAUUCCAUACUGUAAUUUUAUUGCGAUUCGAUGUUCCAAACAUAUUGCUCACCGUAUGUCUGCUGCAGAAAGACGAGGGAGCAUGAGAAAAUGAGUUUUGAUCAGUCAUGGAAAUAAAAGUGCUGAAAACAAAUGGGCUCCCUAUUUAAAAAGAAGAUUUGGAACAAGCAGUUUUGGUGCAGGUACAGCAAACUACCACAAAAAUAAUUUUGCGACUUUGUCUAUACGAUAUAUCGUCAACAAUAAUAUCCCGAUAUGUAUCUAUGAUUAUUAUAAAUUUUUUCAUCACUACUUGCAGUGCGGGCCCAAUGGCUCAGUGACACAACAGAGACAGAGCCCGAGAGCAAUGACGUACUGCACAUAUAUGACGUAGUACGCAAUUUUCGUGGGACCCAUUUGGCUCUUGAGCGCUGCUUUCAGAACUACUGGUUAAAACGUUUGCAAAUCUUCUGGAAAGUCUCUUUUAAAGGGGCAGUUAUGUUUUUUAACUGAUAUUUCCACACUGAGGUUGAAAUAACACAAUAUUUAAGUAUUAACAAAAUAUGACUUACUGUGUUUGGCCUCUGAGACUCAGAGGCCUAUAGUCUGCCCUGUAGAUAAUCAUGGUAUUCUGCAAUAAAUAGACUGCAGACAGGGUAUAAGACAGGAUGGUCCACCAUGCAAACAGGCUGUUCUGGUCCUGCAUCUUCUGUUGACCUAUUGAAAACAGUACAACAAUGAUAAAGCAAAUUCAAAUGCAUUAAGUAUGCCUUUUUGUUUUGAUGACAAAACAAAGUAGCCUGCAGACCUGUGAAAGUUUUCCGCUUUCAGGGUGCAACUCCAGCUCUAACUGACCGGUUGAAUACCAUGUGCCUUUGUUUUUUUGAAGGGUUAAGUGGGUGGGCUCUAGACCAUCCUAUCAGCCAAUCCGGCUGUGUCAUUUCAUAUUCGAUUUUGUUUCCUAACGCCCACACGAUCAGACUGAGCAUUUCAGUGGCCCAAGGAGGCACAGAGAAAUACAUUAUAAAAAAAAUAACAAAAAUCCUCAAGGCUUUAUUUUUGAUUGCUCAUCAUUCCUGUCAAACACGCGUACGACUCUGUCUGACUAAUGGUUCUGUCUUACAGAUUGAAGGCAGACAAGGAGUUGGUUAAGGAUGUCUACACUGCAGCCAAAAGGCUAAAGAUGGAACGAGUCAAGCAGGUAGGAUCUUUCUAUUUUUUAAACUACUGAUACGCAAAACUGUAUGUUUUAAUGCAGUCCCAAUGUUCAGAGGUUUACACUUCUCUCCUCACUGUUUGGUCAGAUCUGUGGAAACUACCUGCUGUCGAAGGUGGAAUCCCAGAGCGCCAUCUCCUUUCGCAACUUUUCCAGCUGCAUGGGAGACGGCCUCAUGCUGUCCAAGAUCGAUGCCUACAUCCAAGAACACCUGCUGGAGGUCUCUGAGCAGGAGGACUUUCUCAAACUCCCCCGCCUCAAGGUGAGCCUUCCCUGGGCAAUGGUCUACUGCAACCUUAAAGGGGCAGUGCAGUUAAAAACGUGUCUUUCCGGGGGUCUUUAAUGAUAUUUCCAUAUUGAACUCUGAGGAAAAAAAAAUAUGUAUGCACUCACUAACUGUAAGUCGCUCUGGCUAAGAGCUUCUGCUAAAUUAAAAUUAUAAUGCUCUUUUUGUGUAAGAGCUGUUUAAAAAAUGUCAGCCUGUUCAGGUUGGAUGGAGUUUUUGGCCCGCCGCAUAAUGUAAAAAGGCAAUCUGAUUAUAACCGACCAAUGACCGUUCAUCUAUUACUAGCAUAUAUCCGCCUACACUGCGGCUGGCCCCACCCGGUUAUAUUGGCAUUCCAUUCCUCAUUGUUUGCACCAUGCAGAGUUGGGCUACCAAAGACCAAAAUAUUUCUGGGGUUACUUCCUACUUUAUCUUGCACCCGGCAGCAACCAUUCAAGAAGUAAGUAUCUAGAUAGUUACUAUUCUAUUAUUAAAAGUAAAGGACAUAAUAUUCAUGAGUGGCAUGUUUUGUUUUGAAUGUUAUGUUGAAGACUGAUGCCCGACAAAGUUCUAGUCUCGAUUUGGCGCUGUUAGUCAAAAGUGGCUUGGGAAAACGAUGACAUUUCAAAAAGAGGCAUAUAAUUAAUAGGAACACCUUUUGUCAUCCUUGUGAUGUCGCUAAAUUGACUUUAGAUUGUAUAACUUAAGCUUGCUAGCUAAGAUUGAGGGGACAACACUGAAUUUUAGCUAGCUAACGUUAGCAUUGCUGGCUAUUUUCGACGAACUUGGCUAGCUAAUGGCGACAGUUAUCCCUCUCUAAAGUAAAUUUGACGACAUCAAACUGGCAUAGUUUCCUAAUAAUGAUUUGCCUACUUUAGCAACGUAAUCGUAUUUCCAGGUCAUUAUAGUGUAAUUUAGACAACUGUCGUUAGCUAGCAGCAGCAUAGCUGGCUAGCUACCUAGCUAUAUUUUAGCAGCAGCAGCAUCAAUGCUUAAUUCAUAACCUGAUUUACAGUUGCAAUCACUUAGUUUUAACUUGUUCACUAUUUAUGUAAUUAACCAACUUAUCAAUAUUGAUAAGUUGGACAGCCACAUCUUGGACAGCCAAAUCUUGUUGGCUCAUUUCUUCCAAUCUUUCUAAUUUAUUAAAUAAAAAAUGUUUUAUGUCACCACAUUCUAUAAGUCAAAAGGUGUUGGCGUCAUCCUUGAUUCCACCCUCACCUUCGACCACCACAUCCGACAGAAUGUUCUCCGUAACAUCUCCAGAGUCAGGACCUCCCUCUCCCGUCUUGGCGCUAAAACCCUCUUUCGUGCAUUCAUCUCCUCCCAACUAGACCACUGUAACUCACUACUCUCAGGCAUCAACACAAGCUCCCUCUAUAUACUCCAAAUGGUUCAAAACUAUGCAGCCUGACUUCUCACGACACCACCCCUGUCUGAUUUUACUUUUUUUGAGAGAGUAGUGUAGUAAACCAUGUCCUAUAACCAAGUAGGAAUUCAAUGGGUGGGGGAGAUGUGACUAUUUGAAGACCCAUUUGUAGUGUGUGUGUGUGUGUAGGGGCAGUGGUCAACAACCAACCUCCAGGAGAUCUGUUCUCCGGUAGAUUUUCUCUCCAACAUCACAUAUCACAACAGAUUCCGCCAAACAAGUUCUUGGAGAGAAGCUAAGUGUGCAAUACUGCAACUCUUCCACUUUUCCUGUCAAGGGAUGAGGUUAGAGUUGUGUAUAGUAAUGUCAGUGUUUGAGAAAGCUGGUGAUUACAAUGUAAAUUAAAGCACAACUUUUUUGUACUUUGUUGCCUACUCUGUUGCUGCACUAUACCUCCGAUCUGAUUAUGUUUAGCGAACACCCUCUUACUUUCACCAUGAUCUGUUUUCCUCUCACAGGAACACCUUCCAGAGCUUGAGCACAUGUAAAACAAUUACUUGAAAAGAUACUUACAUGCCAUACUUUCAUUAUAACCUUGUUUACGAUCUGUUUAUUCUGUUAUGUAAAUAACUGACAAGAGAAUUUGUAGAAUGACAGCCUUUCAUGGCAGUCUGGUUAUUUUAUUUACUUUCAACAACAGAAAGCAUUCCAAAAUGUGUAAUUCAAGAGUGUUUACUCAUUAGAAAAAUUGAAAUAAAUUAUCUUCCGUGUCAUUACAAAGUCUAUUUCGCAAAAUUAUGAAAUAGACUUUGAUUAUACUGAAGAUUAUACCAUGAGCCUCUGCAUGGAAGUAUUACUUGUUUUUGGCCUCAGACAGAGUCCUAUAGUCUGCCCUGUAGAUAAUCAUGGCGUUGUGCAAUGAAUAGACGGCAGACAGGGUAUAGGCCAGGAUGGAAUAUAUUCACAUUUGUAUCCCCACACCCACACAGUUGGACUAAGCAUUUCAGUGGCCUAAGGAGGCUUAGGAAAAGAAAUUAGAUUUAUUUUUAUUUUUAAUUAUAUUCAAUAAAUAACCUCAGUGAUUGGUUAGACAUACAGGGAUACUUUUAUUUAAAUUCACUAUUUACCUAGUCUCACUAGACAUACGGGUUGCUUCCGGCAAUGUACCACUGCUCCAGCUUAACACGUCCGUAGUGGUUCUGGCGUCAGUUUGGACAGUCGGAAAUUGGAAGCCCGUCGCUGGUAGUCUGCUUCUUGCCCUAGCUAAACAUGAGCACAAUUCCCGCCUGCAUUUUAAGCCUCGCCUACCCAAACUUGUGAUUUGUUAAGAGUGUUGACUGUCUGAAGAGGACCCUUCCUGAAAAAGUAAAUAAUUUCCUUUUGAAAUGUCAGAGAAGCCGACAUCCUCCCCAGACCUUGUCGCUGCCUAGCUUGUGAUGCUCCAAGACUUUACCUUGACUAGGAGGCUAUCUGAUUGCUUUAUUGACCGUUUGAGGACAAACAUGGAUAAAUAAUCUCAGUAGAAAUUGUUAGCUGUAACUGCUCUGGAUCUCACCCAAUAUGUACUAAUCAGUGAACAGUUACAUUUCUCGCUUGACGUUCAUAUCUAAAUCGAUGGCUUCCAUGUCUAUACACAGAUACUGUAUUUGAUCCUGCCUCAAAAUGACCAUCUGUUAAUGUGGGUGUGACCCAACUGGUUACUUAUGGCCUUCAAAUACAGUUCGUUGCAUUAUUACUUUUGUGCUGUAGAACUCACCAGUUACAGGUUUUGAUUGAAUAGCCUUCUCUGUUUCUCCAAUUUUUUAAGUGGAACACAUCUUAACCCUAGUCAGGCUACGAUGGUUCAAUAAGGAAUCAGUGUCUUGUGAUUUGACCCUAGCCAUGGUUGAUCCUAGCACCUCUUUUGACUGGUCUCCUCUUGUAUGUCUCUACAGUUAGAAGUAAUGCUGGAAGACAGCCUGAGCCUGCCCAGCAAUGGCAAGCUCUACUCCAAGGUGCUCAACUGGGUCCAGCGCAGACUGUGGGAGAAUGGAGACCAACUGGAUGGACUGAUGGAGGAGGUCAGUACCCUAGCUGGAGUCUAGCUUGCACUCAUCCACCCCAUAUCCCUCCCUCCUUUCCGCUCUUUCCUCUAACAAGUCGUUUUGGCACUGUUCACAACCCAACGUGGCAUGAUGUCAUUUCACACACUGUGUUAGGACUGUUGGUUGGUUUGUUUUUCCAUUCUUUCUUUUUUUAAGUGUAAAGUUAUGCAGUACAGUGUACCUGGGCAUACUGCAAACUAGAGGUGAGCAGAGACACCGCAGCGUUGCUGUUCGCUCUUUCAUUUGUCUGUUUUAGUGACCAGUUGUUUCCACCCCACAGUGUUAUGACUUUUUGGUCUCUUCUCUUUAGCGUUGAAACAAAUGCGAGUGAGCAGUUGUUUGACUCUGUUCUAUCUCACUGUUCUCUUUCUGAGCAGGGGUGUGUGUGUGCGCAUUAAGUGUGUGUUUGCGUGCACGUGUCAGCGUGCGCCCCAGUACUAACGACUGUUCCUCCCCGUUGAUUUUCUCUGUUCUCCAGGUUUAUUAACAGCAGCAGGAGACGAGACUGAAGAACCAAGACUGAGCCACCAGGGUAAUGAGUCAGAGAGAGAAACAGAGAGAGGAGAAAAAAAAAGGGGGGGAGAGGAGACUAAAGGGAGGAGAGAAGCGACUUCCUCUCUACAGCCAAAGCAACACUGAGUUCCUAUCUGUCUAUGGAACUCACACACUUAGCUUACACAUAUUUAACAUUUGGAUAGUAUGCAUAUAUUUACUUUCAUUCCAUUGGUCGUCCGGAUAUAAAAAAUGACAUGCAGGAGAGUACUCACAGAAACCCAUAUCCACUGAACAGUACAUCUGCACAGCACGUAACAAUGAUUACCCCAACCCCUCCACCACAUACUCGAUACCCCCCUCAUAAUUCACUGAUCAAUGAUGUGUCAUCUCUCAUUCAUGAUUUAUAGCCAAACUCCUUAUUUUGGAACCGCAUUUAAUAUGAACCAUAUCCCAUAUUUAAUCCAUAGCAGUGAUUGCACAGUACAUUUUAAGAGCCAUGCUAAGUGGGCAAGAGCAGAAUGACGGCCAUUUAAAGCAGCUUUUGAAAUGCUUCUCUGCUCAAAAAUAUUCUACACACCAUCUCAAUGCCCACAUCACAAUCCAAUCACUUAUUUGAACAGAUUUUUUAAACCGAUUUUUUUAUUAUUAUUUUUUAUUUAUUUAUUUUUACUGUAAUUUUGUUUGAAAACAUCUAUUUUCUUGUUUUUUUAUUUUAUGACGACUUGUAUGAAACGUCAAUGUGUGUCAAAGCUUUGCCUUCACCUGCUGUAUGAAAGAACAACUCAUGGAUUUACAUCAGGGAACUGCAGUGCCUUUUUUCUUAUGUUUUCCUAUGCAAUUGUACUGACCAACUUCCUGAGCCACCCGUGAGCGUGGUUUCUGGUUUCCAAGCAGCCGGUGUGAGGACUGAAGACGUUUCCAGAUGCUGCGUCUUUACCAACCCCAGACUCCUCCUUUUUUAGAUCUUAUGGAGAGAGGGCAGCACAGAAGUCGAAACUGCUGAUUUUGUGUGGACUCCUACAUGUACUGUAACCACCUCUGUUCGUUCAACUGUUUGUCCAUGUUGAUAAAGAAGCAUUGGUUCCUACCAGUGACAACCGAUCAGCCUUCCUCCCCAACCAACCCCCUCCCCCCACCGUCUUCCUUCCACCUCCCUCCCUCUUGUGUUGCCCGGGGUGCUGCUGUGUUGCCAUGGAGACAGCCUGCCACAUGGGUGUUGUCGCUGUGUGUCUUGCAGGUGCAAACGCUGUACUACUCAGCUGACCACAAGCUGCUCGACGGCGCACUCAUCCUUGAGGAACAUGGGAUGUUUGGGUUUGGUGCGGAGGAGGACCACAUCCAGUUUGUGCAGGUACACAAAUCAAAUUAAUUUAUAUUUGCCACAUGCGCCGAAUACAACAGGUGUAGACCUUACAGUGAAAUGCUUACUUACAAGCCCUUAUCCAACAAUGCAGUUUUUAAGAAAAAGAAAAAAAGUGUUCAGUAAAAAAUAGCAAACAAUUAAAGAGCAGCAGUAAAAUAAAAUAACAGUAGGGAGGAUAUAUACAGGGGGUACCGGUACAGAGUCAAUGUGCGGGAGCACCGGUUAAUUGAGUUAAUAUGUACAUGUGGGUAGAGUUAAAGUGACUGUGCAUAAAUAAUAAACAGAGUAGCAGCAGUGUAAAAGAGUGGGGGGGGGGGGCAAUGCAAAUAGUCUGGGUAGCCAUGAUUAGCUGUUCAGGAGUCUUAUGGCUUGGGGGUAGAAGCUGUUAAGAAGCCUUUUGGACCUAGACUUGGCGCUCCGGUACCGCUUGCUGUGCGGUAGCAGAGAGAACAGUCUAUGACACGGGUGGCUGGAGUCUUUGACAAUUUAUAGGGCCUUCCUCUGACACUGCCUGGUAUAGAGGUCCAGGAUGGCAGGGAGCUUGGCCCCAGUGAUGUACUGGGCCGUACGCACUUCCCACCCCUACCUGGACCUUUCCUGGGCCUACCUGAGUGUCGCUUGGCCCAACCUGGCCUUCAUCCCACCUUAUGUAGCCUGACAACAAGGGAAACAAUUAGCAUGUAGAACCUGGGGAUACUACAGACUUGCUUGCGUAGCUCAUGUUGCACGUUCGAUGGUAGUGAUUACUACCUUUUUUGUGUGUUUUGUCUCAGUAUGUAGCUGCUUCUGCAUUUGUAAAAGUCUUUGCAUUGUCUGUGCUGUCUUUCAGCAUGUUCAGAUGGUUUAAAAUGGGUUGUAGGCUGGUUUGAACCAUUUCAGGGGGGUUAGCACUGCUAAAAGAAUGUGCUUGGGUGUAUUUCUAGGCAGGUUUAAACCCAGGUUUAGUCCAUUUUCAGGCCAGAUUGUGGAGUGUGCGCUCUGCAGCCAGCUGGUGUAAUAGCCAGUGGUGGAAUGAUGUGGCUGUUGCCUCUGGCUGGGCUUCUGUAGCUGCUUUGUGCUCUUGCAGAAGAAGCCCCCUCGUGAGAACAGCAACACCCAGAGACAGCCGAGCUCCAGCUCCUCCGGCAGCACCUCACCCUCCGGCUUGGCCUCCAACACACCCAAACCCUGCAGGAGAGAGUGGAAGUACAUCGCCUCCGAGAAGACCACCAGUAAGUGAAUGUGUCGAAGAAUGUUUGAAGCCUUCGGUGUCAUGGAGUGGGUGUAUAGCAUAAUGUUUAAGAAUAAAAAAAACAAACAUUUUAUUUAGUUUAACCAUCACCUCCACUCAUGGCUAUUUCCCUCCCUCCUCCUUCUCCCUCUCUCUCCCAGACAACACCUACCUGUGUCUGGCCGUGCUGGACGGGGUGUUAUGUGUGAUCUUCCUGCAUGGCCGCAACUCUCCCCAGAGUUCUCCCUCUGCCACACCCUGUCUGAUGAAGAGCCUGAGCUUUGAGGCCCGGCCUGAGGAGCUGGAGGAACACCCGCUGACCGCCAUGCACUAUGCCCGAUCUGGCCUGGGCACUGCCACCCUGCAGGGCAGGCUCAUCGCUGCAGGUAUACAGGGUUAAAAAGCCAAUGGGCCUCUAUCUGGAAACUGGCACUGACAGGUCUCAGAUCCUCCAAAUCAACCCUGUCCUGUUACUCACAAAUGUUAUCUAUCUAUCUAUCUAUACACAGUACCAGUCAAACGUUUGGACACACUUACACAUUCAAGCGUUUUUCUUUUUUUAAACUAUUUUUUACAUUGUAGAAUAAUAGUGAAGACAUCAAAACUAUGAAAUAACACAUAUGGAAUCAUGUAGUAACCAAGAAAGUGUUAAACAAAUCAAAAUAUAUUUUAUAUUUAUUCUUCAAAUAGCCACCCUUUGCCUUGAUGACAGCUUUGCACACUAUUGGCAUUCUCUCAACCAGCUUCACCUGGAAUGCUUUUCCAACAGUCUUGAAGGAGUUCCCACAUGCUGAGCACUUCUUUGUCAAAUAGCCCUUACAAAGCCUGGAGGUGUGUUGGGUCAUUGUCCUGUUGAAAAACAAAUGAUAGUCCCACUAAGCCCAAACCAGAUGGGAUGGCGUAUCGCUGCAGAAUGCUGUGGUAGCCAUGCUGGUUAAGUGUGCCUUGAAUUCUAAAUAAAUCACGGGGAGAGUGUCACAAGCAAAGCACCCCCACACCAUAACACCACCACCUCCAUGCUUUACGGUGGGAACUACACAUGCGGAGAUCAUCCGUUCACCCACACCACAUCUCACAAAGACAUGGCGGUUUGAACCAAAAAUCUCAAAUUUGGACUCCAGACCAAAGGACACAUUUCCACCUUUCUAAUGUCUAUUGCUCGUGUUUCUUGGCCCAAGCAGGUCUCUUCUUAUUGGUGUCCUUUUAGUAGAGGUUUCUUUGCAGCAAUUCGACCAUGAAGGCCUGAUUCACACAGUCCCCUCUGAACAGUUGAUCUUGAUGUGUCUGUUGAACUCUGUGAAGCAUUUAUUUAGGCUGCAAUUUCUGAGGCUGGUAACUCUAAUGAACUUAUGCAGCAGAGGUAACUCUGGGUCUUCCAUUCCUGUGGCGGUCCUCAUGAGAGCCAGUUUCAUCAUUGAUGGUUUUUGCGACUGCACUUGAAGAAACGUUCAAAGUUCUUGAAAUGUUCAGUAUUGACUGACUUAGUCUUAAAUGUCUUAAAGUAAUGAUGGACUGUUGUUUCUCUUUGCUUAUUUGAGCUGUCCUUGCCAUAAUAUGGACUUGGUCUUUUACCAAAUAGGGCCAUCUUCUGUAUACCACCCCUACCUUGUCACAACACAACUGAUUGGCUCAAACGCAUUAAGAAGGAAAUAAAUUCCACAAAUAAACUUUUAAUAAGGCACACCUGUUAAUUGAAAUGCAUUCCAGGUGACUACCUCAUGAAGCUGGUUGAGAGAAUGCCAAGUGUGCGAAGCUGUUAUCAAGGCAAAGGGUGGCUAUUUGAAGAAUCUCAAAUAUAUUUUGAUUUGUUUAACUCUUUUUUUUUUUGGUUACUACAUGAUUCCAUGUGUUAUUUCAUAGUUUUGAUGUCUUCACUAUUAUUCUACAAUGUAAGAAAAUAUAUAUAGUAAAAAUAAAGAAAAACCCUUGAAUGAGUAGGUGUCCAAACUUUUGACUGGCAGUGUAUAUAACCUGAUGGUUCAGUAGGCCUAGACUCUGACCUGGUAUCCUCUCUGUAUGUUCCCUCUCCAGGAGGAUAUAACCGGGAGGAGUGCCUCAGGACGGUGGAGUGUUACGACCCCAAAGAGGACCGCUGGACCUUCACCGCCCCCAUGCGGACUGCCAGGGCUCGCUUCCAGAUGGCCGUGCUCACGGUACCACACACCCCUGUCCUUUGGACUCGCAUUUCAUAUGAUUGACAGGUGCCUGUCUGACUCGGACCUAUCAGGAGUUGUCUGACUUAAACCCGCCUCUUUGUCUCCUCUCAUCUCUCAUAGGGUCAGCUGUACGUGAUGGGUGGCUCCAACGGCCACUCAGACGAGCUGAGCUGUGGGGAGACGUACGAUCCACACACUGACACGUGGGCUCAGGUGCCAGAGCUCCGGACCAAUCGCUGCAACGCAGGUGUCUGCUCGUUGAACAAUAAGCUGUUUGUGGUGGGAGGGUCAGACCCCUGUGGGCAGAAAGGACUGAAGAACUGUGACGCUUUUGACCCUGUGACCAAGACCUGGAACAACUGUGCCCCCCUCAACAUCAGUAAGUACCUAUACCACACAUACACUUCCCUACGUAUUUAUUUUAAUUUGGAUCUAUACUCCAGCAUUUUUUUAAAUUUGAGAUCAAAUGUUUUAUAUGAGGUGACAGUACAGAAUGUCACGAUUAUUUGAGGGAAUUUCCACUUGGAUGUAGAAGUGUUCGGAAACAUUCUGUUCUUAUUUACAAUAAGUGACUCCAAAAUGACACAAAUUAUUUACCAUUCAUUGGGCACAACGUAAUCCGAAACACUACCAAAACAAACUGAAAAUAAAUCACAAUAUUGUAGUCAUUGCAUGCUAGGAAAAUGGGACCAAAUACUAAACUUUUGACUAAAUUGAGUACACUAAGUGAAUUUGUGAAAAUAUUUGACAUCUAAAGGGGGGGGGGACAAGAUACAUAAAGUGCAUUAGUUUCUAAACGGUAAAACAGAUAUGUAUGAAAAUACCCUCAAAUAAAAGGCUACAUUCUGUACUGUCACCUCAUAUAAAACAUUUGAUAUCAAAUCCAAAAUGCUGGAGUAUAGAGCCAAAUUAAAAGUUUUAGCUUCAUUGUUCAAAUACGAUUGUACUACACACAUACUGUACCAAUACUACACACACACUACACACUGAGCAAAAAGGGUUCCAGAUAAUACCAAAAAGGGGUUCUUUGAUCUGUCACCAGGGCCGAAUGCUUUAGUAAUUGUGCUUAUGUACAGUGCAUUCGGAAAGUAUUCAGACCCCUUGUAUUUUUCCACAUUUUGUUACGUUACUGCCUUAUUCUAAAAUGGAUUAAAUUUGUUUUUUUUUCCCUCAUCAAUCUACACACUAACCCAUAAUGACAAAGCAAAAACAGGUUUUUAGAAAUGUUUGCAAAUGUAUAAAAAAUUAAAUAUCACAUUUUCAUAAAUAAGACUCAGUACUUUGUUGAAGCACCUUUGGCAGUGAGUACAAGUCUUCUUGGGUAUGACUCUACAAGCUUGGCACACCUGUAUUUGGAGUUUAUCCCAUUCUUCUCUGCAGAUCCUCUCAAGCUCUGUCAGGUUGGAUGGGGAGCGUCUCUGCAUAGCUAUUUUCAGGUCUCCAGAGAUGUUCGAUCAGGUUCAAGUCCGGGCUCUGGCUGGACCACUCAAGGAAAUUCAGAGACUUGUCCCGAAGCCACUCCUGCGGUGUCUUUGCUGUGUGCUCAGUCUGAGGUCCUGAGCGGUCUGGAGCAGGUUUUCAUCAAGGAUCUUUGUCCUUUGUUCCGUUCAUCUUUCCCUUCAUCCUGAUUAGUCUCCCAGUCCUUGCAGCUGAAAAACAUCCCCACAGCAUGAUGCUGCCACCACCAUUCUUCACCGUAGGGAUGGUGCCAGGUUUCCUCCAGAUGUGACGCUUGGCAUUCAGGCCAAAGCGUUCAAUCUUGGUUUCAUCAGACCAGAGAAUCUUGUUUCUCAUGGUCUGAGUCCAUUAGGUGCCUUUUGGCAAACACCAAGCUUGCCGCCAUUUGCCUUUUACCGAGGAGUGGCUUCCGUCUGGCCACUCUACCAUAAAGGCCUGAUUGGUGAAGUGCUGCAGAGAUGGUUGUCCUUCUGGAAGGUUCCCCAAUCUCCACAGAGGAACUCUGGAGCUCGCCUCCCUGACCAAGGCCCCGAUUGCUCAGUUUGGCCGGGCGGCCAGCUCUAGGAAGAGUCUUGGUGGUUCCAUACUUAAUCCAUUUAAGAAUGAUGGAGGCCACUGUGUUCUUGGGGACCUUCAAUGCUGCAGAAAUGUUUUGGCACCCUUGCCCAGAUCUGUGCCUCGACACAAUCCUGUCUCGGAGCUCUACGGACAAUUCCUUCGGCCUCAUGGCUUGGUUUUUGCUCUGACGUGCACUCUCAACUGUGGGACCUUAUAUAGACAGGUGUGUGCCUUUCCAAAUCAUGUCCAAUCAAUGUAAUUUACCACAGGUGAACUCCAAGUUGUAGAAACAUCUCAAGGAUGAUCAAUGGAAACAGGAUGCACCUGAGCUCAAUUUCGAGUCUCAUAGCAAAGGGUCUGAAUAUUUAUGUAAAUAAGGUAUUUUAUAUAUAUAAAUACUGCUCAAAAAAAUAAAGGGAACACUUAAACAACACAAUGUAACUCCAAGUCAGUCACACUUCUGUGAAAUCAAACUGUCCACUUAGGAAGCAACACUGAUUGACAGAAAAUUUUAACAUGCUGUUGUGCAAAUGGAAUAGACAACAGGUGGAAAUUAUGGGCAAUUAGUAAGACACCCCCAAUGAAGGACUGGUUUUGCAGGUGGUGACCACAGACCACUUCUCAGUUCCUAUGCUUCCUGGCUGAUGUUUUGGUCACUUUUAAAUGCUGGCGGUGCUUUCACUCUAGUGGUAGCAUGAGACGGAGUCUACAACCCACACAAGUGGCUCAGGUAGUGCAGCUCAUCCAGGAUGGCACAUCAAUGUGAGCUGUGGCAAGAAGGUUUGCUGUGUCUGUCAGCGUAGGGUCCAGAGCAUGGAGGCGCUACCAGGAGACAGGCCAGUACAUCAGGAGACGUGGAGGAGGCCGUAGGAGGGCAACAACCCAGCAGCAGGACUGCUACCCCCGCCUUUGUGCAAGGAGGAGCAGGAGGAGCACUGCCAGAGCCCUGCAAAAUGACCUCCAGCAGGCCACAAAUGUGCAUGUGUCUGCUCAAACGGUCAGAAACAGACUCCAUGAGGGUGGUAUGAGGGCCCGACGUCCACAGGUGGGGGUUGUGCUUACAGCCCAACACCGUGCAGGACGUUUGGCAUUUGCCAGAGAACACCAAGAACAUCCUCCAGCAUGACCGGUUUGGCGGUGGGUCAGUCAUGGUGUGGGGUGGCAUUUCUUUGGGGGGCCGCACAGCCCUCCAUGUGCUCGCCGGAGGUAGCCUGACUGCCAUUAGGUACCGAGAUGAGAUCCUCAGACCCCUUGUGAGACCAUCUGCUGGUGCGGUUGGCCCUGGGUUCCUCCUAAUGCAAGACAAUGCUAGACCUCAUGUGGCUGGAGUGUGUCAGCAGUUCCUGCAAGAGGAAGGCAUUGAUGCUAUGGACUGGCCCGCCCGUUCCCCAGACCUGAAUCCAAUUGAGCACAUCUGGGACAUCAUGUCUCGCUCCAUCCACCAACGCCACGUUGCACCACAGACUGUCCAGGAGUUGGCGGAUGCUUUAGUCCAGGUCUGGGAGGAGAUCCCUCAGGAGACCAUCCGCCACCUCAUCAGGAGCAUGCCCAGGCGUUGUAGGGAGGUCAUACAGGCACGUGGAGGCCACACACACUACUGAGCCUCAUUUUGACUUGUUUUAAGGACAUUACAUCGAAGUUGGAUCAGCCUGUAGUGUGGUUUUCCACUUUAAUUUUGAGGGUGACUCCAAAUCCAGACCUCCAUGGGUUGAUACAUUUGAUUUCCAUUGAUAAUUUUUGUGAUUUUGUUGUCAGCACAUUCAACUAUGUAAAGAAAAAAGUAUUUAAUAAGAUUAUUUCAUUCAUUCAGAUCUAGGAUGUGUUAUUUUAGUGUUCCCUUUAUUUUUUUGAGCAGUGUAUAUAUAUAUAUUUGCAAAAAUGCCUAAACCUGUUUUCGCUUUGUCAUUAUGGGGUAUCGUGUGUAGAUUGAUGAGGGGGGAAAAAACUACAUUUUAAGCUAUUUUAGAAUAAGGCUGUAACGUAACAAAAUGUGGAAAAAGUAAAGGGGUCUGAAUACUUUCCGAAUGCACUGUAUUGCACAUACUGUAUUAGUUAAGAACUGGAACAGCUUUGAGUUGGUCUGUGAAUGUGAAAAGUGAGUAAUGUGUAGUGUUAACCUUGUCUGUUCUCCUAGAGAGGCACCAGGCUGCGGUAUGUGAGCUGGAUGGCUUCAUGUACGUGAUUGGAGGUGCUGAGUCGUGGAACUGCCUGAACACAGUGGAGCGCUACAACCCUGAGAAUAACACCUGGACCCUUAUCACCCCCAUGAACGUUGCUCGCAGGGGGGCUGGGGUGGCCGUCUACGAUGGUAAGGGACUACUCCAUAGAAAUGGAGCAUUCUAAUUCUAUGGUCUGCUAUUAACUGGGGCGGACUCGAGGGGAUUACCAUGUACAGUGGGGAGAACAAGUAUUUGAUACACUGCCGAUUUUGCAUGUUUUCCUACUUACAAAGCAUGUAGAGGUCUGUAAUUUUUAUCAUAGGUAAACUGUGAGAGACGGAAUCUAAAACAAAAAUCCAGAAAAUCACAUUGUAUGAUUUUUAAUUAAUUAAUUUGCAUUUUAUUGCAUGACAUAAGUAUUUGAUACAUCAGAAAAGCAGAACUUAAUAUUUGGUACAGAAACCUUUGUUUGCAAUUACAGAGAUCAUACGUUUCCUGUAGGUCUUGACCAGGUUUGCACACACUGCAGCAGGGAUUUUGGCCCACUCCUCCAUACAUACCUUCUCCAGAUCCUUCAGGUUUCGGGGCUGUCGCUGGGCAAUACAGACUUUCAGCUCCCUCCAAAGAUUUUCUAUUGGGUUCAGGUCUGGAGACUGGCUAGGCCACUCCAGGACCUUGAGAUGCUUCUUACGGAGCCACUCCUUAGUUGCCCUAGCUGUGUGUUUCGGGUCGUUGUCAUGCUGGAAGACCCAGCCACGACCCAUCUUCAAUGCUCUUACUGAGGGAAGGAGGUUGUUGGCCAAGAUCUCGCAUUACAUGGCCCCAUCCAUCCUCCCCUCAAUACGGUACAGUCGUCCUGUCCCCUUUGCAGAAAAGCAUCCCCAAAGAAUGAUGUUUCCACCUCCAUGCUUCACGGUUGGGAUGGUGUUCUUGGGGUUGUACUCAUCCUUCUUCUUCCUCCAAACACGGCGAGUGGAGUUUAGACCAAAAAGCUCUAUUUUUGUCUCAUCAGACCACAUGACCUUCUCCCAUUCCUCCUCUGGAUCAUCCAGAUGGUCAUUGACAAACUUCAGAUGGGCCUGGACAUGCGCUGGCUUGAGCAGGGGGACCUUGCGUGCACUGCAGGAUUUUAAUCCAUGACGGCGUAGUGUGUUACUAAUGGUUUUCUCUGAGACUGUGGUCCCAGCUCUCUUCAGGUCAUUGACCAGGUCCUGCCGUGUAGUUUUGGGCUGAUCCCUCACCUUCCUCAUGAUCAUUGAUGCCCCACGAGGUGAGAUCUUGCAUGGAGCCCCAGACCGAGGGUGAUUGACCGUCAUCUUGAACUUCUUCCAUUUUCUAAUAAUUGCGCCAAAAGUUGUUGCCUUCUCACCAAGCUGCUUGCCUAUUGUCCUGUAGACCAUCCCAGCCUUGUGCAGGUCUACAAUUUUAUCCCUGAUGUCCUUACACAGCUCUCUGGUCUUGGCCAUUGUGGAGAGGUUGGAGUCUUGUUGAUUGAGUGUGUGGACAGGUGUAUUUUAUACAGGUAACGAGUUCAAACAGGUGCAGUUAAUACAGGUAAUGAGUGGAGAACAGGAGGGCUUCUUAAAGAAAAACUAACAGGUCUGUGAGAGCUGGAAUUCUUACUAGUUGGUAGGUGAUCAAAUACUUAUGUCAUGCAAUAAAAUGCAAAUUAAUUAAUAAAAAAUGAUACAAUGUGAUUUUCUGGAUUUUUGUUUUAGAUUCCGUCUCUCACAGUUGAUGUGUACCAAUGAUAAAAAUUACAGACCUCUACAUGCUUUGUAAGUAGGAAAACCUGCAAAAUCGGCAGUGUAUCAAAUACUUGUUCUCCCCACUGUAUAGUGUAAUCAGUUCACAGGGUGGGAAUGCAGUUUGCUGUGGUUGCAACCUUGGAAUUUGGCAGAAAUAUCCAAAACAAUACUCCUCAGAUAAAAUCUGAUUUGUGCUGACCCUUCGCUCUCUCUUUCUCUCCUCUCUCUUAUCUCCUUCUCUUCCCCUCUCUAGGGAAGCUCUUAGUGGUUGGUGGGUUCGAUGGCUCCCAUGCACUGCGCUGCGUAGAGGUGUAUGACCCAGCCUGUAACAGGUGGAGGAUGCUGGGUAGCAUGACCGUGGCACGGAGCAAUGCGGGUGUGGCCACGCUGGGUGACGUCAUCUGCGCCGUGGGCGGCUUUGACGGAAACAACUUCCUGAACACGCUCGAGGUGUACAACCCUGAGACGGAUGAGUGGAGUGACUGCGCCGAGGCCCUCUCCUCUUCCGCCUGA